UGCUAACUUAAGAGCCCUAACUCAUCAGCCAAAGUCGUCCUUCAAGACUUUUCUCUCGUACAAACAAACAGAACACAAUCACUCUGCCACUCUCCCUUCUCUUCCUUCUCAACUACUUAACAGCACUACUACAUCUUUGGACUUUUACGGUUAAUACUACUUAGCAAUGAGCUCCGAGGGUGUUAAAGAUGACUGUCUUGCGUGGGCAGCGAGAGACCCCUCUGGAGUCUUAUCUCCUUACAAGUUUAGUCGCAGGGCUCUUGGAAAAGAUGAUGUUUCGCUAAAAAUAACGCACUGUGGAGUUUGCUAUGCUGAUGUUAUCUGGAGUAAGAACAAGCAUGGAGAUUCGCGCUAUCCAUUGGUGCCUGGACAUGAGAUUGCUGGAAUUGUAAAGGAAGUUGGUUCCAGUGUCAGCAACUUCAAGGUUGGUGACCAUGUUGGAGUAGGCACUUAUGUUAAUUCUUGCAGAGAAUGUGAGCAUUGCAAUGACAAGGAAGAAGUUAGUUGUGAAAAAGGAUCGGUUUUCACUUUUAAUGGCAUUGAUGCUGAUGGCUCGAUUACAAAGGGUGGAUAUUCUAGCUACAUCGUUGUCCAUGAAAGGUACUGCUUUCGGAUACCUGAUGGUUAUCCUUUGGCCUCUGCAGCACCUCUGCUUUGUGCUGGAAUCACUGUGUACAACCCCAUGAUGCGACAUAAGAUGAACCAACCAGGUAAAUCUCUUGGAGUGAUUGGGCUCGGUGGUCUGGGUCACAUGGCAGUGAAGUUUGGCAAGGCUUUUGGAUUGAAAGUAACUGUUUUAAGCACAAGCGUAUCUAAAAAGGAGGAAGCCCUGAGUGUGCUCGGCGCAGACAAUUUCGUGAUUACAUCCGAUCAAGCGCAGAUGAAGGCCUUGUACAAAUCACUAGACUUCAUAAUCGACACAGCAUCCGGCGAUCACCCAUUUGAUCCAUACUUGUCUCUUUUGAAGACUGCUGGUGUUUUUGUUCUUGUUGGGUUCCCAAGUGAAGUCAAAUUCAGUCCUGCGAGCCUCAAUAUCGGUAUGAAAACUGUAGCUGGUAGCAUAACAGGUGGUACAAGAGUGAUCCAAGAGAUGUUGGACUUCUGUGCUGCUAAUAAAAUUUACCCCGGGAUCGAAGUAAUUCCAAUUCAGUAUAUAAAUGAAGCUCUUGAGAGGAUGGUAAAGAACGACGUGAAGUACCGGUUUGUGAUUGAUAUUGAGAACUCCUUGAAGUGAUAGCAUGGAGGCAACCAGGGAAAUCUCCUCAUUUCAUGCAUACAGUCAUAAUAUGCAUGUUGGAUGCCAGGGGGUUUUCUUCUAUGAAAUAUAUUUGGGUUUGAUCCUAUCCUUGGUGUUGUUGAAAUAAUGAUCCAGAAUUUCGCGAAUGAAUCAUUUAUAUCCAGAAAUAACAAUAUUUUUGAUAUAUAGUUUGAUCAAAUGUAGCACUCUAUCCAAUAAAAGAAAGAGCAGUUUAUGUAA